AGCCCCGCGGCCACCCGAGCACGGCGGCUGCAGGGCCGGCGGCUUCGAGACGGCCCGGCGCGGGGCGGGGGGGGGCAUCGCUCGGCCGUGGCCAUUCCACCGCCUUCCCCCGUUCGGCCGCUCUCUCUGCAGCCGGAGGGGCCGCGGCCUCCCCUCCCCGAGCGUCCCCCGCACAUAACGGGGACAAUUCUUCCCGCCCGGGGCUCGGCAGGGCCCGUUCCGGUAGGGCCGACCCCAGGCCGGGGAGCGACCGGCCCUGCGCGGGGGGGCACGGGGGCCGCGCUGAAGGGAGGGGGCCAGGGUCCGCCAGCGCGGUGCCCGGGGCCACGGCGGCCCGCAGAGGCGGGAGCAGCCCACCCUGGCUGCGGGGCUGAGGGAGGGCCGGCUGCAGCCGCCUGCACGGAGAAGACGGACUGAGCAGCGGAAGAACAUGGUCGCUUUCCCCAGAAUGGGGUGGGGAUGAGGGAUGUGGAGAAAGUGCCAGAGCUCAGCUCUCUCCGCAGGGGAAGGGGGGGUGAAGGGUUGUGCCCGAGACCUCUGCUAACAGUUACAGGUGCAGCCCGGAGAGCAGAGGGGCUGGCUGGUGUAGCCUGUCGUGGCAGCUGGCUCGCAGGAAAGCCUUGCUGAAGAGCCAUCGCACGGCAGACCCUGGAGAGGAUGGGGCUUGGCGCGUAGGCGGAGGUAGUUACUGGUUUGGCCAGUGCAAGGGUGAGUAGCCAACACAGGAACGGGGAGAAAAAUGUCUCGAUUCGGGGUGCCUGGCAGCCACGCAGGAGAAAGGCCCUGGGUGGCAGAGGAAGAAGGGGGAGCGGGCCAGGAGCAGAAGUGCCAGGGGCAAAGGUGGGCACGGAGCCCUGCCCUGGAGGGACUCUGGCACCGCGGGGAGCUGUGGCCCUGAUGAGACGUGGCCCCAGAAAAGGAUGUGGGAGCGAGCAGACGGCUGCAGGCAGCAGCCAUCUUUGCAUGGUGGGAGCAGGCAGGCUGCACAGACCGCGUCCUGGCCUCCCCCGCAGCCCUGGGUGUGGGAAGGCGGAGGGGGGAGGCCAGGCGUGGGUCUGCGGCUUGCUGCUUUCCACUGCCUUCAGGACAGUUGAAUAGCCAAAUAAAAAGGAAAGAUAAGAUCAUCUCAGCAGCCAGCUCUGCUGCGAGGAGGGGGCAAAGCAAGGGGCUUGCAGGCAUCUCGCUGCUGCGGAAAUGGCUUCUGGAGGGGAGGGAGGUGCGCGUCUGGCAAUCUUUGGGGCAGCGCCGUGCGGAAGGGAAAAUGCCGCCUGGGCGGCCCCACAUGCAGCGAGGAGUGGGGAGGGCGGCCGGGAGGAGACCCUACUUGGCCACCCCAUGGCCGUGGGCAUGAGGGAGCCGAUGAGAAGCUGCUGAGCAGCCAGCCCUUGUGCUGGGGGGGCUGCCCUGGGUUAGCAGCCCGGCUCCCAGUGCUGUGGCCGAGCCUGCCUGGUGCUGCAAGAGAUCCUGUGAGGAUUUUUAUUGCGGGCUCUUUGUUAGCUACAGACAGGCACGCACACACUCACAGCUCUCAGCCAGGUUGUGGGAGAGUUGCUCACAAUCAAAUACAUGACCAUGGGGGAUAUGAAGACUCCAGAUUUUGACGACCUUCUUGCAGCCUUCGACAUACCAGACAUGGUUGACCCAAAAGCAGCUAUUGAAUCUGGACACGAUGACCACGAGAGCCACAUAAAGCAAAACGCUCACCCAGAUGAAGAUUCUCACGCCCCGACAUCGUCUGACGUCGGCGUGAGCGUCAUCGUGAAAAACGUGCGUACUAUUGAUUCUUCAGAAGGAGUGGACAAGGAUGGCCACCACUCCACAGGCAAUGGCUUGCAUAAUGGCUUUCUAACAUCCUCGGCUCUUGAUAGUUACAGUAAAGAUGAGGGGAAGUCGCUUAAAGAUGACAGGUCAGCUUCUGACACUGCACUGAAGGAUUCAGCUUUCAACCAGUUUAGCCCAAUAUCAAGUGCCGAAGAAUUCGAUGAUGAUGAAAAAAUUGAGGUGGAUGACCCCCCGGAUAAAGAGGAGAUGCGUACAAAUUUCAGAGCAAAUGUCUUGGCGGGAUCUGUAUCUCAGCAGGAAUAUGACAAACUAAAGGCACUUGGAAGGGAGAACUUGAUUAAAUCUGGAAUCCCAGUUUCAAGUAAUAUAGAUAAAAAUAAAGCUGGUAAAAGAGAAACAGAGACAAACUCUGUGAAUUUAAGUGUCUAUGAGCCUUUUAAAGCUCGGAAAAUGGAGGACAAAUUGCUAAAAGAUAGUUCUGAGAAGCUUCUUGAAAACAGGGUGCUUGAUGGAAAACUGAGUACUGAAAAGAGUGAAACAAAUCUCACCAGUGUUUCACAGUCCAAAGCCAAGUCAUCAGCAAAGCUUUCUUCAUGUAUCGCUGCGAUUGCGGCACUCAGCGCUAAAAAGGCAGCUACAGAUACCAGUAAAGAUUUACAGUCUCAUUCAGGAGAAUCUUCUCCAUUACCGAAGGACAUGAGUGAGAGUCCCAGAGCUGCUGAAAAAUCACCUGAGUCUCAGAGUCUAAUUGAUGGUGCUAAAAAGCCUUCUAUCAAACCACCUGAUAGUCCCAGAAGUGUAUCAAGUGAAAACAGUAGCAAAGGGUCUCCAUCUUCUCCUGCAGGAUCAACACCAGCAAUUCCAAAGGUUCGCAUAAAAACCAUCAAGACAUCUUCUGGGGAGAUCAAGAGAACUGUUACCAGAGUGUUGCCAGAAGUUGAUUUGGACUCUGCUAAAAAGCCAGAGCAGACUGCUUCUAUGGUAACUUCCAUGACCUCUCUCUUGUCCUCACCAACCUCUGCUGCUGUUCUUUCCUCUCCUCCUAGAGCUCCUCUCCAGUCCACGGUUGUCACCAAUGCAGUUGCGUCAGCAGAGCUUGCACCAAAGCAAGUCACUAUCAAACCUGUGGCUACUGCCUUUCUGCCUGUGUCUGCAGUUAAAACAGCAGGGUCCCAAGUCAUCAAUUUGAAGCUCGCUAACAACACUACAGUGAAGGCCACCGUAAUAUCUGCUGCCUCAGUGCAGAGUGCCAGUAGCGCCAUUAUAAAGGCUGCCAACGCUAUACAGCAGCAGACCGUUGUGGUGCCAGCGUCCAGCCUUGCCAGCGCUAAACUUGUGCCAAAGACAGUCCAUCUUGCCAACCUUAAUCUCCUGCCUCAAGGUGCUCAAACCACCUCUGAACUCCGUCAAGUGCUAACAAAACCUCAGCAACAAAUAAAGCAGGCAAUAAUUUCUGCAGCAGCCUCACAGCCUUCUAAGAAAGUGUCUCGGGUCCAGGUGGUGUCAUCUCUACAAAGCUCAGUAGUGGAAGCAUUCAAUAAGGUGCUGAGCAGCGUCAAUCCUGUGCCAGUUUACAUCCCAAACCUCAGUCCCCCUGCCAACGCCGGAAUCACGUUACCGACGCGAGGGUACAAGUGUCUGGAGUGCGGCGACUCCUUUGCCCUGGAGAAGAGCCUGACCCAGCAUUACGACCGCAGGAGCGUGCGCAUCGAAGUGACCUGUAAUCACUGCACAAAGAACUUGGUCUUCUACAACAAGUGCAGCCUCCUUUCCCAUGCUCGUGGGCACAAGGAAAAGGGGGUUGUAAUGCAGUGUUCGCACCUAAUCUUAAAGCCAGUCCCAGCAGAUCAAAUGAUAGCAUCUCCCUCAAGCAAUACUGCAGCCUCCAUGCUCCAGAGCCCCACAGGAGCUGGCACACACACAGUAACAAAGAUGCAGCCUGGCAUAACUGGGGCAGUCAUAUCGGCCCCAGCCAGCACACCCGUCAUCCCAGCCAUGCCUCUAGAUGAAGAUCCCUCCAAACUCUGUAGACAUAGUCUAAAGUGUCUGGAGUGCAAUGAAGUUUUCCAAGAUGAGACAUCUCUUGCAACUCAUUUCCAGCAGGCUGCAGACACAAGUGGACAAAAGACAUGCAAUAUCUGCCAGAUGCUGCUUCCUAACCAGUGCAGUUUUGCAUCACACCAGAGAAUUCAUCAGCAUAAAUCUCCAUACACGUGUCCUGAAUGUGGAGCAAUCUGCAGAUCUGUGCACUUCCAGACUCAUGUCACUAAGAACUGCCUGCAUUAUACCCGAAGAGUUGGUUUUCGCUGCGUGCAUUGCAAUGUUGUGUACUCUGAUGUGGCGGCACUCAAGUCUCACAUUCAAGGUUGUCACUGUGAAGUCUUUUACAAGUGUCCUAUCUGUCCCAUGGCAUUUAAAUCUGCUCCCAGCACACACUCCCAUGCCUACACACAACACCCGGGUAUCAAGAUAGGCGAACCAAAAAUAAUAUAUAAAUGCUCUAUGUGUGACACUGUGUUUACUCUACAACCUUUGCUCUAUCGCCACUUUGAUCAGCACAUUGAAAACCAGAAGGUGUCAGUUUUCAAGUGUCCAGACUGUUCUCUUCUAUAUGCACAGAAACAGCUUAUGAUGGAUCAUAUCAAGUCUAUGCAUGGAACUUUGAAAAGUGUUGAGGGGCCACCAAACCUGGGGAUAAAUCUGCCUCUCAGUACUAAACCCACAACUCAGAACUCAGCCAGUCACAACAAGGAGGAUGCAAAAUCUGCCAAUGGAACAGAGAAGCUGGAGAAGAAAUCUCCUUCUCCCGUAAAGAAAGCAGAGCCUAAAAAAGUGGCUAAUCCUGGCUGGACGUGUUGGGAGUGUGAUAGGCUCUUCACUCAGAGAGACGUUUACAUCUCUCACAUGCGGAAGGAACACGGAAAGCAAAUGAAGAAACAUCCGUGUCGACAGUGCGACAAGUCUUUCAGUUCAUCCCACAGUCUGUGUCGUCACAAUCGCAUCAAGCACAAAGGCAUCAGGAAGGUUUAUACUUGCUCGCACUGCCCAGAGUCCAGACGUACCUUUACCAAGCGGCUGAUGCUGGAGAAGCACAUUCAGCUGAUGCAUGGCAUUAAAGACCCUGAUGUGAAAGAGAUGGCUGAGUCAGCCAAUAUGGAAGAAAGGGAAGUCAAAGAAGACACAAAGGUUCCUAGUCCAAAGCGCAAGUUGGAAGAGCCUGUGCUGGAGUUCAGGCCUCCACGAGGUGCCAUUACUCAGCCACUGAAGAAGCUGAAGAUCAAUGUUUUUAAAGUGCACAAGUGUGCUGUUUGUGGCUUUACAACAGAAAAUCUCCUCCAGUUUCAUGAACACAUUCCUCAGCAUAAAUCUGAUGGCUCCUCGUACCAGUGCAGGGAAUGUGGACUCUGCUACACAUCUCAUGUGUCCCUCUCCAGACAUCUCUUUAUUGUACAUAAGUUGAAGGAGCCUCAGCCAGUGUCAAAACAAAAUGGGUCUGGGGAGGAUAAUCAGCAAGAAAAUAAACCAAAUCAUGAGGACGAAUCAUCUGACAAUUCAGCAUCAGACAGAAGAUGUAAAGUUUGUGCAAAGACUUUUGAAACUGAAGCGGCCUUAAACACUCACAUGAGAACACAUGGCAUGGCCUUCAUCAAGUCCAAAAGAAUGAGCUCAGCUGAGAAGUGAUGGGAUUGUUUGGAACUCAGAAACCUCUCCACAUUGGAAUACUAAUGACACUUUUGCUACAGAAGUUCAAGGUAUACUCUCGUUAACAGUACUGUCCAGGCUGUUGCAAUACAUUCUGCAUAAAAGCGUGCCCUUCGCCUCGUCCUCUAUCCCCUCAAACCAUCCAAGCAGUAUUUGAGUUGAAAAGACUUUGUAUAUAUUUAAACUAAUAACUUUUAUACUCAUUGUUAUGUGUUUGUAUCUGUAUCCAGUGGAGAAUUUGGGUUUUUCUGUUUUGUUUCUGCUUUUUUGUAGUCAGUUCCUUUAAAACAGAGUUCUGAAUGCCGGGGCAGUUGCUUAGGUUCUCUUAGACUGUUUCUUUCAGAAGUGUUCAAUUAAGAAAGUUCAGCUAAGGGAGGUGCAUCAGAAAGCAGCACCUGGGAGGGCAUUGGAGGGGGAGAAGCAAGCUAAGGGGAGAUUUUAAAUUCUAAGAACCUGUGCUUCUAAAUAUCUAAGGAAGUCCUUAACUUUCUCUUAAAAAUAUAUGUAUUUACAAAAGAAAAGUCCUACUGCAUGUUUCAAAUGCAGUGCUGGUUUUAGAUGGCACCACUGGAGAGGUGCAGACUCCUAGAGUGAUAAAGUACUUCUGAAAAGUAUAAUUGCACAACUCUCUGUAUCAUGAAGUGAUUUUUGGGGUUGUUUAGGCUGUCAGGUGCUUGCGGUCGAAGCUCCAGUUGUUACAAAGGGCUGGCCUGCUCUGGACUUAGCAGAUCCCAUGUGAUUAGAGAAUAGGUUUAUGAUGAUGGUGUUUUUGGUCAGGUAAUUUAUUAAACACUAUAUAGAAGUGCAUACCCAGCAUUAUGUAUUUUCCUUUCUGGCUGCUGACAGAAGGCAGUUAACCCUUGCUACAGGGGCUGGUGUUUCCCAGCUCUGGAUGCUAAUGCCAAACGUUCUGGUGCUCAGUGUCACAGGCAGCCACAGCUGUCGAGGGGCUGGCUGCAGCUGUGGCUGUCAGCUUUCGCUCGGGCCGUAGGAAGCUAGCACAGCCCAUUCAGACCUGAGCCUGACGCCGCUAGUUAAUGCUUUCACCAAGGACACCAAGGCCCCAUGCUCUCCCUUCCAUCUAGAGGUCUCUGUGAGAGUUGUAUUUUUGGUUUGAUUUUGCAUUUUAUACCUUGUAUGUAUCCCUAAAAUACAAAUUUUGUACUUUUUUUUAAAACAAAGGGUGUACAUAUAGAUAGGUGCAUGAUACACAGUAGUAAUUGUCUAGUUCCUUACAAGUCUUGCUGCUGUCAGACGUUACUAUACACUAUGUCCAUUACAGCUGUAUUAAACACAUUUCAUAUGUAAAUAAAUGUGGAGCAUUUUGCCCCUAAAGAUUUGCGAGAUUCUGUUAUUUAUCAUUAAAUGUUAACAGUUUGAAAAUGAAGGUCUUCGAAAAAAGUAGGGAUCCUUUCUGGCCACCUCUGUGAAAGUUCUUAGUCGCUCUGGAAAUGGUGUUGUCAGAGACAUUUGUUCUGCUUUCCCUCUUCAUCCUCAUUCUUCAUUUGGUUCGUUGAUAAAUGCUUGUUAUCCCACAGGCCUACUGAGUGCUUAUGAGGUACUUCUCCAUCCUGGAACACACAGCUGGCAUCACAAGAUCCUCCUCUGUAACGUACCCUGGCCAUCACUGCCCUUACCAUUCAGUGUAUACCUCUUGAACACUUGUUUGUUGAUGUGCACUGUCAACUGUACAACAAAUGAGUUCUCACUAUGCAGAAUGGUGUUUUGUAUAGAGUGAACAGAUAAUAAAAGUUAAGUUUUCACAGCCA